AUGUCGCGUUUCAUUUUCUGGGCCACGACCCUAUCUACUUUGGUCGCCGGGUAUCCGCUCGCCGAAUACUCGUCUAAACCUGCGGCGUUUUUCUUGGCGGGCGAUUCCACGACGGCGGUCGACGGUGGUUGGGGCGACGGCUUACUCGCCGCGCUCAAGAGUCCGGCUUGGGGCGUAAAUAUCGGGAAGAGCGGUGCGACCACGGCGUCUUUCUCUGCAGGCGGAUACUGGGCGAAUGUAACGAAGCACCUGCAGGAUAACGUGGGCAAAUAUGAUUGCUACGUGACUAUUAGUUUCGGACACAAUGAUCAGAAAUCAACCAGCGGUGUCACCUUCGAGCAGUACCAAGCUAACCUUAUUCGUUUCGCCAACGAGGUCAAGUCACUGGGUGGCACACCACUACUAACAUCGUCGCUCACACGCCGGGUCUUCCCCUCAAAUGAUGAUCACAACGCCACGGAUUCGCUACACGACCAGCGUCUAGCAGCCAUCGCAGCGGCCAAAGCAACAGACUCAACCGUCAUCGAUCUUAACGAGGCGAGUCUGAAGUACGUCAACGCCAUCGGGAAGCAAGCCGCCUGGGAAUACAACUACGGUGCAGACAAGAACGACACGACGCAUCUGAACGAGCACGGAAGCAUCGUGUUCGGCCGUAUGGAGGCUGAUCUAAUCAUCCGCGCAAAGCCACGCUUGGAGAAAUAUUUCACCCCUAACAAGACCCUAAGCGACGCCAUUUGGAACAAUCAACCUGCAUGA